UUAAUGCGUUCGCCUCGUCGAGUUAGCUCCUUUGAAUUUUUUCCUGUGUCGCGCUGACGCGUAAUUACGAUUAAAAUAUGAGAGCCUAAACGAACCGAAGGAAACAAUUAAGCUAAAAGCAGCGGAAAAGCGCCGGAAAAUAAGCAAACCAAAAAUUCAAACCGAAGGUUUUCUUCGUGUAUUGUGAUUUUUUGUUUUUGUUUUUUUUUUUUUUUUUGUUUUGUUUGAGUGGCUGCUGCAAAAUGCCUCUGUAUUCGGAUUCAACCAACUACUACUAUAGUGGCGGCAGCAGUCAGCUGUAUUCGCCGUACUAUAGUUCCGGCUUGGGUCUCAACUUGGGCAUGGGAUCCUCACCAGGAUCAAGCUAUACGUCCAGCUACAAUCGCUCGUAUCCGGCCAGCUAUAUGGUGCCCCUGAGUCCCUCCUCGCCGAGAUCGCCGAGCAGUUAUUCCAGUGGCAGCUCCGGCGGCAGUAGCUCCCUCCAUGGCCUGGGCUCCAGAUAUCAACCCAAACUGACCACGAUUACGGAGACGGGUCGGCACAGUGGUCAUAGCAGCCUAAUGCCUCUGACCAGGAUUAACUCACCGAAAUACAGCAGCUCGGUGACCACUCCGAGUUAUGGUUCAUCGGGCGCCAGUAGUCGGUACAUACCAGCCAGACCCAUUGCCAUCAAUACGGCGGAUAUCGAUGUGAGCUCCUCGCGAUAUCGCAGGGCAGUGCCAUCCAAGUCGCAGGAAAAGGAGCAGCCCAAGGAGGAGGUGAAGCCAAAGGAGCAGAAGGAGCAGGCGGAGGAGGAGGUUAAGCCUUCUCCCAAGGAAACACCAGCCGAAAGUUCAGAUGCAGGUGCCGAAACCAGACCCAAUCGUAGGUCAACCAUCAGGAGAAAUCGUCCGGUUGUAAGACUAUCUACCAUACGAAGACGCAGCAAGGAUCGCAGUGCCGAGAGUCCCAAGAAGGAGCAAGUGCAGGAGCAUCAAUUCAGGGAUCUGCCACCUGCCACCGAGCCCAGUUUGAGUUGGCGUCAAAAGUUGGCCGAAGAAUUGGCAGCCUUUCCAGUGACCAGCAAUAAAAAGUCACCCGGCGAAUUGCUUCGCGAGAGAUUCUAUAUAAAAGAUGAGAAGGAGGAACCAACCAAUUUCAAUAGAGCCCAAAUCCAAGAGCUUGUCCAACCACAAAGUGCUCAUAAAACUUCGACUCCGGAAGUGGAGAUAAGUGCCAAAAAAGAAGUGGAUGACGAAAAGGAGGAUGACUCCGAUAAACAGGAACAGGAACUGGAGGAAAUGCAGGAGACCAUUCGUCGUUUGAGUUUGGUCCAAUGUCCGACAUUUCAUGACAUUUGCGAGGAUAUUUCAUCCGAUAAAAUUGAUGAUGAUCUGAAUGCCGGAGAACUCAGACGCAGGGCCUCCAUUAUUCAGGAGCAAGAACAGGAAAUACUAAAUAAAUUGCAGAAAUCGAACUCCGGCAGCUUUCAGUUGAUCCACCUGGAACGUAGAUCCAGUCACGAUAGUACCACCACAAACGAUGAAGAUCUCAAGGAGAGAUCCAAAAGGCGGUCCAAGAAGAGUAAGAAGAUGCGCCACAAGAUCACCGCCAUUGUUGAGGUGGAAAAUGCGCCCCAAGCUCAGCCAGUGGAGCAUAUGCCCAGUGUUUUGGAGUUGAAUGAGGAAUCCCUAUUAAUACAACCAUUGACUUCCGGUUCCGGUUCGAGUUCCACUCCAACUCCCAGUCCGAAGCCGAAGUUCACCGUAAAUGUGGAGACUGUGGAGGAGCAUCAUCAGAUACACAAGAUCUUCAAGUUGCCCAAGAAAAAGACAGUGCCCAAGGAUCAGGACGAUUCGUCUUUGCCCGAAGGUUUCAUGAAAGCUGCGCCCAAAACAACCAAGACAUCGCCUCUGAAGAAAGCAAAUAAGCAGCAACAUGUGAAUGAGGCGCAGAUUUUCACCUUUGAUGAGGCAGCCAUACAACAGCAGCAACAAGUGCAGCAGCAGCAACAAGCGCAGCCGCAACCGGAACUACCUAAAACCGAGGGCAAGGUCGAGGGUGUGGCUACGCCCAAGCCCAUUCGUAAGGCUAUACAGAAAUCGGAGAGCGGCGAGGACUUUUGGUCACAGAUCGGUUCUAGGGAAACGCUAUACAUGACCAAUCGCAAAAAGGUCUUUAACAUGCGACAAGAGCAACAGGAGCAACUCCUGGAGGAGGAAUCGCCUAAAUCACCAGCAACGCCAAAGGCAGCAAAGACAGAUUUAAAGACACCAACAACUCCCAAGCUCAAAUCGGAAAUUCUCAUUGAGCUGAAGACAACACCUUCCAUUGUGUCCACAAGUGGCAAAUCGGAAACUCAAAAGGUACCAUCAACACCACUUACUCCAACGGUUGUAAAAACUAACCAAGUCGAAGCAAAGAAAGUAGGAUCAAUCGAUACUUCAAGUGAAGCACCUGCUAGUGCAAUAUCAAAAGCUGCUGAAUCUCCAAAAUUAAAAUCCGAAAAUGAUAAUAAUAAGGCCAAGCCGACAAUGACUAAAAAAGACUUGCCAAAACUAAAAACGGCAGAAGACACUAAGCCAACAAUAACAACCAAAGCGACAACUGCAACACCAACGAUGGCCUCACCAAAAACAACACAAACUAAGGAAGAAAUAUCACAAAAAACAGAAAGUGCAGCUACAUCACAAAUAAAGGCCGAUAAACCAACAGCACUGCAAGUAAAACCACAAGAACUAACGAAAGUAGCAGCACCCACAACACCACAAGCUAAAAUAGAAACACCACCGAAGGAUUCACCAGCAAGAAAGAUUGUAACACCUACCACACCACCAGCUAAAGUAGAAACACCAACUAAGGAUUCUCCAACAAGAAAGAUUGUCCCACCAACAACACCACAGGCAAAGGUCGAAACACCGACAAAGGAUUCCCCAACAAGAAAGAUUGCAACGCCAGCUGCAUCAACAACAUCACCACUAACAACACCACAAAAAACACCGCAAGCCAAGGCAGCAACAGAUGAGCCCAAGUCAACACCAGCAGCACCAAAGACAACAAUGGCCAAGAUCAGCAUGACAACAAUGGCAGGAACAACUGUUGCCGAGGCAGGAAAAACAAUCUCACCCAAGGGGAUCAAGCAAUCUGGCAACGCCGUAGCCAUGCCAGCAGCAACACCAACCACACCAACAACAGCAACAGGCAAAUCAAAAUUGAACGAAACAGCAGGGCCAAAAAUAAAUAGCGGGCAGCCGGCCAAGUCACCUGAACAACAACAGGCAACGGCAGCCGCAGUCGAAACGAAAAUAAAUAAAACAACGGACAAGGAACAACAGCAGCAGCAGCAGCCGCAGCAACAGCAGCAACAACUGAUCGACACGGCAGCAACAUUGGUGCCACAAACGGAAACCAAAACGAAAUUGACGGAAGCCGCUGAGCCAACGGGCAAGUCAAAGGUGCAAUCACCGAAAACGACAAAGCCAAAAAGUGCCGGCAAAACAAAUGUUGGCAAAAAGAAGGCUGCAACGCCAGCAGCAGCAGCAGCAGCAGCCGCCGCACCAGCAGCAGCAACAGAAGCUGUUACAGCUUUGUCUGAGAGCAAUGUGACCCCAAUCAAUGCCGAUCAAUUUAUAACGCUGGCCCCCACAAAGGCGGCCAAAACAUCACCGAACAAGCAGCAAGCAUUGCAAUUGCAACAGCAACAUGAGGAGCAGCAGCGGCAGCAGCAACAGGCCACAAAUGCGUCAUCGCCGGCGGCAACUGGCGAUGCAACCACAACGCCCACAACAAUAACAAUUGGUGUUGCUGCUGUUAAUGUUGCUGCUGUUGCUGUUGCUGCUGCUGCUGCUGCUGCUACUGAUGCUGCUGCUGAUGCGACUACCUCGCUCAGCAGCAACAACAGCUGCGGCGAAGGCGUCGGCAAUAAUUUAUCAAAGUUUGCAACAGUAUCGAAUUUGGCACAGUGUCUGCGAGACGUUGAUGCCGAGCUAGACGACUAUAUACCCUCGUCGGCGGAAAAUAGCCAAGAAGACGACGACGACGACGGGAGCGGCAGCAGUUCCGACGAUUAUUCCAGUGUUGACGGUUGUGCGAACUUAAGCGCCAGCAUGAAAAAGAAACUGCGCAAGGAGAAAAAGAAGCAAAAGGCGAAAGCCGCCGCCGCCGAGGCGAAAAGGUUCGAUCCGCACAAGAAGAUCAAGAUCGAUACGACGAACAAGUGUUAUGUGAAGGAGGAGGCGCCCAGGUAUCCACUGGUGGCCACACCGCGCCCGCUGUGGAAGCGCGAGAAGAUCGUCUACUCGGAUGAGAAUACGGACGAUGAGAGCGGCAGCGAGGAGGGCAGCGGUGGCUCCUUGGACGAGGACAGCGACGAUGAGAGCGGCGGCGAGGAGUGCAGCUCCACCAGCAGCAGCGCCAGUUCCGAGGAUCUCGAUGCGGUGGCCAUGGCCACCAAGGGUGGUAGCUCCAAUGCCACAACAGUGCUGGAUUCGCCCAGUUCCAGCGGCUCAAACACCGGAACACUGGGUGUUCCCAGUGCUGGUAGUGGCGGUGGUGGUGGCGCCUCCACAUCCAGCUCGCCGUCCAUCAUCCGGAUGAGCACCUGCAGCAACGAUUCCGGAUUCGAAGGCGGCACCGCGCCCUCCAGUCCCAAGAAGAUGUUAGAUGAUUUCCACUUUCUGGCCGUUCUUGGCAAGGGAAGUUUCGGCAAGGUUCUGCUUGCUGAGCUGCGUGACACCACAUACUACUAUGCCAUCAAGUGCCUGAAAAAGGAUGUCGUCCUGGAGGAUGACGAUGUGGACUCCACGCUCAUCGAACGCAAGGUCCUGGCCCUGGGCACCAAGCAUCCGUAUCUGUGUCAUCUGUUUUGCACCUUCCAAACGGAGAGCCACUUGUUCUUUGUGAUGGAGUACCUGAAUGGCGGUGAUCUCAUGUUCCACAUCCAGGAGAGCGGUCGCUUUUCCGAGGAGCGAGCCAGAUUCUACGGGGCCGAAAUCAUCUCGGGCCUCAAAUUCCUGCACAAAAAGGGCAUUAUCUAUAGGGAUCUCAAACUGGAUAAUGUCCUGCUGGACUACGAGGGACAUGUUCGCAUUGCCGAUUUUGGCAUGUGCAAAUUGCAAAUCUAUUUGGACAAGACGGCAGAUAGCUUUUGCGGCACACCCGAUUAUAUGGCGCCCGAAAUCAUUAAGGGUGAAAAGUACAAUCAGAAUGUGGAUUGGUGGUCGUUUGGUGUGCUGCUCUACGAAAUGCUGAUUGGACAGUCGCCAUUCAGUGGCUGCGAUGAAGACGAGCUCUUCUGGUCCAUUUGCAAUGAAAUUCCAUGGUUCCCAGUUUACAUAUCCGCCGAGGCCACCGGGAUUCUCAAGGGGUUGCUGGAGAAGGACUAUACGAAGCGUAUUGGUUCGCAGUACAGUCCGGCUGGUGAUAUAGCCGAUCAUAUAUUCUUCCGCCCGAUCGACUGGGGUUUGCUGGAAAAGCGACAAAUCGAGCCGCCCUUCAAGCCGCAAGUGAAACACCCCCUGGAUACCCAGUACUUCGAUCGGGUCUUCACCAGGGAAAGGGUGCGUCUAACCCCCAUCGACAAGGAGAUACUGGCAUCCAUGGAUCAGAAGCAGUUCCACGGUUUCACCUACACAAAUCCUCACAUCACCCUGGACUAGAGCCUAAUUAAUGUCCUAAUUAAUUAUUUAGAGCAACAGUAUUUGUAUAUGUAAAUAUUUAUUAUGGCCAAGAAAACAUGAGAUUAACAACCAAAGAAUAUUUGAAGUGAAAUCGAAAUUUUAAUACCUUGUAGUUAAGCUUUGGAGCACAUUGAAAAUUCGUAAUUCUAGUCAGUUAGCUAUACGUUUAUGUCUAAGUCUAAUUGUACAGAUAUCCCUCCUCACAUUUACCUAUAUAUAUAUAUAUAUAUACGUAUGCAUAUAAAUCUUUUUUUUUGCAAAUUAUUUGUUCUAAAUUUUAGUGCUUAAGCAAAGGUCUACGUCUAUGAG